UCUGUUUUUACUUUUCAAAUCUCAUAUAAUAGGAAUCACAGUUGGCACCUCGUCUGCUGCCUGAAUUAGAUUUCAAUACUAAAAUAAUUUGAUUUUAAGCUAACUACAUAAAGAAUGGAUCAAAAUAUGCCUGACACGUUGACGGCAUGGCGGGCGCUCGUGCUCUGGCAGAAUUGGCGCAGGACGGCGCUGUUCUUUAUAUUCACGUUGACUCUGCUGCUGGACAUGGCCACCAAUCCGGUGAUUAGCGUGGCAAGCGUUGCUGGCGCCAUAACCAUAUCGAUAUGCAUUGCCUAUUGCUGCUACGUGUGGGGCAUGCGGAAGCUGCGCAAGAGCUGCAAUGCGGAGCAUCCGUUGAAGCGCUAUCUCGACAUGGAUGUCACCAUCUCAAGGAAGACCGCCGAGCAGCUGGCUCAUCUCUUGGUCUCCAAACUGAAUCCGAUACUCUUGCGUUUGCGAUCGCUGUUCCUCGUGGAGGAUAUGCUCGAUUCGCUGAAGAUGCUAUUAAUUUUCUGCUGCCUUAAUAUUGUGGGCGACUUUAUCAAGGGAAUGACUCUGCUAGUAGUGGCUUUCAUCCUACUCUUCACUUUACCCAAACUAUACGUGUGGAAGAAGAAGACCAUCCACAAGAAGCUCGAGCAAUUGCAAAUGUUGAAGGCUCAGCUGCUGUCUUCAAACCCUAAGAUGACUACAGUUCCCACUGUUGCAGUGGAUCCUCAAGUCCUGGACCCAGAUCUGAAGAAGAUGAACUAUGUAGAUAACGACAUGGAAAUCGACACUGAGCAGUACGAUACUUAUGAACAGACUAGCACGCCGGACUGUUCGUCGGACUACACCUGGCAGGAGAAGAACAUGCCCAGCGAGGGGAUUUUGCAAUCUAAACAGCUCUAAUUAUUUUCGAUUAUUUUUAAAGCAUUUUUUUACUUGAGGCUCUCUGUAAACGUAGAGACGAACGAAAUAAACUUAAAUUCUACGUGAAAGCCUCAA